UUGAGAGCCGAAGAUGGCGACGGAAGCGAGCAGCGCAUCAAAGAGAUAGCCCAACCACGUGCGCGUAAUAAAUAACAUAACGAUAAAAUGCACUCCCGGCGCGUUGCUCGCCGUUAAACUCGUCCAGGGGCGAGAUCGAGUUGUUCGAUUCUCGAGCUCGAUCCUGAUACAUCUAAUAACAGACGCCGAAAACCGCGAGAGUCAUUCAGUCAUUCCGGAGCACGAAGAACCGAUGACUCACUUAGCCGUCAGUGUCGCUCGUUUGUAAUCAGGUGACGAUGCUGUCGUAGAAAAGAAAACGAUUAUAAAACGAAGGAAAGCCCAAAGACACACGCCAACAUGAAUCUUGACCAACAAGAAUCUGUCUUCAAGGAUUUUCACGACGAGUCUCCUUUAUUGCGAGCCAUAUUUCGCGGACAUGUGGAAGCAGUUCGUAUAUUGCUAUCACAACAAGAGGAUGUUAAUUGGCAAGACAAGGAACAACGUUCUCUCUUACAUGCAGCAGCAUAUAGAGGAGAUACCGCUAUUGUAGAACUUCUCUUGUUAAAUGGUGCAGCAGUUAAUAGUAAAGAUAAGAAAUGGUUAACCCCCUUGCACAGAGCUUGUUGUUUGGGCAAUUACAAUGUGGUAGACAUUUUACUGAGAUAUAAAGCAGAUGCGAACGCCCGAGAUCGUAGUUGGCAGACGCCUCUUCAUGUAGCAGCAGCAAAUAAUGCUGUACAAUGCGUAGAACUUUUAAUACCGCACUUAUUAAAUAUUAAUGUCACUGAUAGAGGCGGAAGAACGUGUCUUCAUCACGCGGCAUAUAAUGGGCAUCUCGAAAUGGUCCAAUAUCUGAUGCAAUUUGACUGUGUAAUAAAUGCUUCUGACAAGAAGGACCGUAGAGCUCUACAUUUCGCGGCAUACCAGAGACACAACGCAAUUGUGAAAGUACUCAUAGACAAGGGCGCCGACGUGGAUGUUAAAGAUCGAGAUUUAUAUACCCCGUUACAUGCAGCAGCCGCUUCUGGUAACGUAGAAUGCGUGCGUAUUUUGAUCAACGCUGGCGCGGAUAUCGAGGCCAAGAACGUGUACGGAAACACUCCGCUGCAUAUCGCGUGUUUGAAUGGAUGUCCCCUUGUGAUCAAGGCGCUCAUGGCUAACCACGUGAAUUUAGAGGCCGUGAAUUAUCGCGGACAAACCGCGAUGCACAUCGCUGCCACCAGCGUACACGGUGUUCAAUGUUUCAAGAUGCUUAUAUGCGAGGGAUUGAAAGUAAACGUUCAAUCGGAAGAUGGCCGCACGCCGUUGCAUAUGACCGCGAUCCACGGAAGAUUUACGCGAUCAAAAAUGCUGCUCGAUGCAGGAGCUUUUCCUGAUGCGAGAGAUAAGAACGGAAAUACGGCUUUACAUAUCGCUGCUUGGUUUGGUUUCGAGUGCCUAACAACAUCUUUAAUGGAAAGCGCAGCAUCUCCGGCUACGCGCAACGCGCAACAACGGACGCCUUUACAUCUAAGUUGUCUAGGUGGACAUAUAGAAGUUUGUAGGAAACUAUUGCAGCUCGAUAGCAGACGAAUCGACGCGCGAGACAUCGGUGGCAGGACAGCUUUACAUUUGGCAGCAUUUAAGGGUUCCGUAGAUUGCUUGGAUUUGCUAUUAUCUAGCGGUGCCAACUUCCGCCUCGUCGAUAACGAUAAUCGACUGGCUCUUCAUCACGCUGCGAGUCAAGGACACUAUCCUUGCGUCUUCACACUGGUCGGCUUCGGGAGCGACUCGAACGCUCAAGAUGUGAAUGGCGCCACGCCGUUGCAUCUUGCCGCAGCAGCAUCGAAUUCGAACGCCGAAUCCUACAAGUGCGUGCAGUAUUUACUGCAGCAUCGAGCGAAUCCGCAUUUACGCGACAAGAGAGGUUUCACCGCAAUCCACUACGCAGUGGCUGGCGGCAAUCAAGCGGCGCUGGAAGCACUUUUGAAUGCACCGUCGGGAAAUGUGGCCACUUCUUCGCUCGGGUCAGGUUCUACAACUGGACCGGAACCGCCGCCUCUGCCUGCGCUCACUCCAAUUCAUCUCGCGGCGUAUCACGGUCACGACGAAAUCUUACAAUUGCUUCUACCUCUAUUCCCUGAUACGAACAUCAAAGAAGAUAGUGGGAAAACGCCAUUAGAUUUGGCCGCUUACAAAGGCCACAAACAAUGCGUCGAACUCUUGUUACGAUUUGGUGCUUUGGUGUCAGUGCAGGAUUCUGUUAUGAAACGUACGCCUGUACAUUGCGCCGCCGCGGCAGGUCACGCCGAUUGUCUGACUCUUCUUUUGCAAAAUGCGGACGAUCCCAACGUGGUGAAUCGUUACGAUUCCAAGUUACGGACGCCCCUGACUUUGGCUGUAGCGAAUAAUCAUCCGGAGUGCGCGAUGCUGCUGCUGAGGUACAAGGCAGACUGCAAUUUACCAGAUGUCAACAAGCACACGCCGCUGUUUCGGGCUGUGAUUAACGAGCGCGAUAAUCAGAUGGUGAAAUUGCUGUUAAAGCACGGUGCGCGAGUGGCUGUGCAAGACGCAAACGGUAAAACACCGUUACAUUUGGCAGCGGCUUGUGGCAGACUAUACGCUUUAGCAGCGCUCGUUCAAGCUGAUCCGACCGCGGCUGCUUUGAAGGACGAUCAGGGAUGCACGGUGCUUCACUGGGCCUGUUACAACGGCAACUCUAAUUGCGUCGAAUAUCUUUUGAAUCAUAAUGUGUACGAUUCCCUGGAAGAUAAUCUGUUUUCCGCGGUACAUUGCGCCGUGUAUCAAGGUUCCGCGCAUUGCUUAGACUUGCUGAUCAGCAAAUUCGGCGGACAAGCAGUCGUCGCUCCAAAAGAUUCAUCGUGCGGCCUGCUACACGUCGCGGCCAGUGCCGGGUCCGUUGAAUGCGCGCGAUUAAUUCUGAACUCGGUUGGCCCGGAACUAGCAGGACUCGAAACGACUGAUUACUUUGGACGGACGCCGCUUCUUUGCGCAGCCGUCAAUGGACAAUGCAACGCCAUUGAAUUGCUACUCGAGUGGAAGGCCGAUGUACGUGCUGUCGACUCCAGUAAGAAUACGGCAUUACACUUGGCAUGCCAGAGACGACAUUCCGCCGCGGCGUCGCUGCUUCUAAACUGGAUCGAGUCGCUUGGCGGUCCCGACGUUGACAAGAACAUAUCGCAACAGCAACGAGUAGCUAUUAUCAAUAUGACUAACAAACAGCAAAGAACGCCGUUACAUUUGGCGGCGAGAAAUGGUCUCGUCACAAUUACUCGUCGGUUAUUGCAAUUAGGCGCCAGCGUCGUGGCUGUUGAUGCCGUAGGACUUACACCCGCGUUAGCCUGCGCCCCGAAUCCGGCAGUGGCCGAGUGCUUAGCUACUAUUCUCGCCGCUCAUGGUCAAAAUGGAGAAACCACGCAGUACUCAUCAUCUAUUCAGCAAACGUCGGAGGUAUAUCUGAAUGACCGAAAUGGCAUAGACUCGCAACACAGUUCCGAUUCGGAAUUUUACUGACAGCGAGCGUCGACGUGCUCGGAUCGUCUUGCGUUCCAAGCGAAUCUGAACAUGGAAUCAAUCGCACGGCAAUAUCGCGACCGCUAAAUCAAUCUAGAUAAGAGCUGUGAGCUUUUUUCCAUUCUAGUGUAAUUAAGAUCUCUAACGUGGAUAAGCCGCGUGAGAAAUCGUUGAAAAAUCGACAAAUCUCUCACGGUGAUUAGCCACUUUAAGUAGCAAUCAUGACAAUAUGUCUGUAAUUCGAUAGAGUUACUAAUCGACUGCCAAGAGGGGUACGGAUGCAUAUAUAAGUAUGUAACUAGAGUAACUUAAUAAUAGCUGAUAAACUUACACGAGUUGUAUAACAUUCAAAAUUAUCCAUCUUUUUAUUUGUAAUAAUGCUAAAAAUGUACUAAUUGUAAGACAAAAUUAUUUUACAUCACGUGACGUGAUAUUUUAUAAAAAGACUAAAUAUUAUUAGAAUUUUGUUUUAAAAGUCUAUCAUAUAAAAUUAGAGUAUGUGUAAUUAUCAUUCGGUGUCGUGUGACGAUAUCCAUGUACGAUUAACGAUAAAAUGGUUGAUGCUUUAGUCUCAAUCAUGUACUAUUUAUGUUCCAAAAAUAGUCUUAAAAGCUAACUUAUUGCAAAACAGAUCUUUAAUUAGAACAAGUACGAAAUUUUGCAAUUAAUGCUCAGCUGUAUUCCUCUUGGACAUUAUUGUGGUAUUCACUUACACACACACACAUUGAAAUUUAUUUAUUUUUGACUAGCAAAAGCGAAGAAAUAUCAGAAAUACGUGAAAUCAAUUUUUUUUUCACUUAUAUAUAUAUAUGUAUAUAUAUAUAUAUAUAUAUAUAUAUAUAUAUAUAUAUAUAUACAUUAUGUAAAAUUGAAGAUGCGAGAUAAUUUUGUCACGUAUGUGCAUCCUGCGCAGUUUCCAUCUCAUAGCCUACAAUUUCUAAAUUAAUAUAAUAAACGCACAUAAUAGACCUUUAAAUAUUUCGAGCGAUACAUUUCUGCAUAAUUUUUCAAGUAGCGCAUAUACAAAAUUCUCUCACGAUCGAUUAAUCGCGAUUGGACCACGGAGAAUAAUAAUAAUAAUGUUAAUAAUCGCUAACGAACAUAAAUAAUAAUAAAUAAUAAUAGUCAUUAAAGGAUAUAAGUAAUAAUAAAAAAUAAUAGUGUUAAGUAAGUCUACGAAUGCAUUUGUAGAUUCAAGAGCGAUAAAACUGCGAUGUAUUAUUAAUUUUGCGAUCGAAUAGAUGUAACAAAUCAAAAAAGCGCAAUUUGUCCUUUACGGCAAGCAAUUAGAUGUCAAUGCGAAUGCGAAUAUAUAGAUAAUGCUCAAUCAAUUGCAUUUACUAAUCUAUAGAUCGAUUUUAAUUAUUUAGAGACAGACGUCUUCCAUUUUCAGAACAGUAUUCUCAGUCGAAAAUCUCAUGAAAGGUGCAUGAUCUGCGUUACAUAAUUAAUUAUUUAAUUUGUUUACACAAAAUUUUUUAAAUGAUUUCACAUUUACUUUUUCGUGCAUUCUUAAGUAUACAUAAUAAAAUUACAUAUUAAAUAAUUUACAUAUUAUAUAAUAAUAACAUAUUAAAUAAUUUAGAAAUUACGUGUAUCCAUGAAGAUUUUGUGAUUUGAUUUGGUUCGUCGUAUAAGAAAAGCGCAUAGGAUUACGAAUUCUAGUAAGGAAAAAUGCCGAAAGUAUGAAUAUUUAAUUAUAUCAAUAUCAUGUCCCAUUGUAAAUAUCGGAGCGGACCGCGAAUUUAUCUUUUUCUCUCUCUCUCUCUCUCUCUCUCUCUCUCUGGGAGAACUCUGUACACAAAUAAAAUAAGACGCGAGGAGGACAAGAGAGGAAGAAGAACGAGUAGCUAACAUAAGCUAUUUUCUUAGACAUUUGUAGUAAAGCCUAAACUGCCUGAUUGUAAUUGUACGUCGAAUGAGAAAAUAGAGAGCUUGUAAGUAAAAGAGAUAUGUAGUGAAAUUGAAAUUGAUUGGAAUAUGUUGGAACCAUAAUGCUUAAUUUUUAAGUGUGUUUCGUGUCUAUUCUCCAUGUUUUCUCGUUAACACUUUGAUUGCCAUAGUAAUGUCACAAAUCACACAAUUCAUACCUGCAUUUUAUCAAAAAUUGUGAUAUUCAGAUAUAUGUUUAAGACUUACAUUUAAUUUUAUAUUAUCAAUUCGUGAAUAUGAAGUAAAUAAAUAAAAAAUAAAAUUGCCUCUAAAUUUUUGUGUGUGAUGAUGUGAUGUGUGUAAUCAAAAUGUUACAUGAUGAAAGUUCAACGCAACAAUUUUUUUUGUUAUUCUUGUACUUACACACAAAUUUUUCCAUAAUUUUUGCAUUUAAUAGAUUAUAAACAUGAUCUUUAAGCGAGAGUAUGUAUUGACAAUUUUUAAAAAGGAUAAUGUGAUCAAUAUCAAAGAAAAUUAUUGCGCGAAAACGAUAUUGGGCAAUUUUAUUGUACAUAUUAACAUUAUAUAUAUAUAUAUAUAGUACAAUGAAAUUGUGCAAUAUCAUUUUCGCGCGAUGAAUUAUACGAUUUUCUAUAUGUGUAUAUAUAUAUAUAUAUAUAUAUAUAUAUAUAUAUAUAUAUAUAUAUAUAUAUAUUGCUUAAUCGUAAUAAUUAUGUAAUUGAUGAAAUUGUUGAUAUAUUGGCAAAUGGCGAUCUUCGAUUUGUACAUGAUUUUGUACUUGUGACUUGUAUAAAACAGGAAAGUGAGAAAAGAGCUGAUAGCUACAUAGUAUGUUAUGGUAUGUUAUUGAGACACGCCAAACGCGAAAACUUCAUCGGUGUAUGUGCAUAUAUACAUGUAUGUGUGUGUGUGUGUCGCGUGUAUAUGUAUAUAUAUACAUAUACACAAAAAAAUUAUUUUUUCUAUAUGCCCUUCUCCUUCACAUAUAUGAUAAGUUUUGCAAUUCAUGUAAUAUCAUAUAUUACAUGAAAAUUAUGUCAUAGGGAUUUAAGGGAUUCCACGCCGCGGAUAUCAUGCAUCUAUAUCGCGAACAUUUGUAAUCAAUAUACAUUAUUGUGUUUUAUUUUUA